UCUGUGAUUUACUUUUUCCCUUGUUGCUAUUUUUUUUUAAAGUUGCUUCUUCCCCCAUGGUUUUUUGUAUGUUUAGGCACAGAUAACAGUGUGCAAAACCAGAAAUCCCCAACAUGUCGUACGGAAAUUACUGCAUGGUGAAGAACUGUGGAAACAAUAAGAAGAAUUUUCCGGAAUUAACAUUUUUCACGUUACCAAAGAAAAUGGAAAUUGCCCUGAAGUGGGCGGAAUUUUCGGGGCGUGAGGACAUAAAUUUUGAGAAACGCUACACAAUGUGUUGUGAACAUUUUACCGAAAAUCAGUACAGAACCGUUCAUCCGCGGAAAAUGCUAUAUGCAGGAAGCAUUCCUCACAUGAAAGGGCCACGAAGUAUUAAUAUUGAACAAGGAGUACCUACUAUCUAUGACGAUGUGAAGAUGAAGAAAGAACCAGGAAUUAUAGACGUCAUUGAACAAUUCAUCGAUCAAAAAGAUGUUUAUGUAAGGGAAGAAUAUAUGAUCAAAAGUGAAGUCGAUGAAAAUCAGUCAUGGUCCGACCCAAUCUGCUCAGUUCCAGAUGGCAAUUCAAAUCAAUCUUCAUCCACUUCUUGCACCGAUGAAAAGCCCCAACUAUUAGAUCCACUGGCUGAACUGGCUCAUUUCGAAAAUCAAAAGAGUCGCAUGGAUGAGAAUCCUGACGGCAAAAAAAAGGAAUUGGAUGUUUCCAGUCUCAAAGAUAACAGUGGAGGACAUGAAAAAUCACAAAAGUACAAGUGUAACUUAUGUGAGUACGCUACAAGAAGAAGGGAAAACCUACGGAGCCAUGUUGACUCUACUCAUUUGAAUAUCAAGAAAUAUGAGUGUCACCUGUGUGAUUACGCUUCGAAUUCAAAAAGGACACUCGAGACUCACAUAAAAACUGUUCAUUUAAAUAUCGAGGAUUACGGUUGCCACUUGUCUGAAUACUCGACGGACAUCAAACAUCUCCUCGAUGAACACGUGAAUUCUUUCCAAUCGGAUACUAAGGAAUACAAGUGUCACCUCUGCGAAUAUGCAGCGGAUCAGGAGGCCAAACUUGAAGAACACGUGAAUGCUGUUCAUUUGAAAAUUGAGCUAUUGGAGUGUCAUCUAUGUGUAUUUUUUACACAUUACGAAACUGUCCUUCAGGCCCAUAUCGAGUCCGUUCAUUUGAAUAUCGAGAAGCACAAGUGUCAUUUAUGCGAUUUUGCUGCAAAUAAUAAAAACGAGCUUGAGGUACACAUAAAUUGUCUUCAUUUUAAUGUUAAUGAAUACAAGUGCCAUCUGUGUGAAUACGGUGCUAAUAAAAAAGAUACCCUUUUAAGGCAUAUUGAUUUGGUUCAUCUAAAUAUUAAGGGACGCUCGAGUAAAUCUGAAAAGUCAUAGUUGUGAAUUAACGGAUAUCAUUGACUAGAAUAAAGUAGUGAAACAUCA